ACUUAUUAUCCAAACGAAACAUAUAAUAAAUUUUAUCAAAUAGAAUACAUUAUAACUCCUGGAAAUACACCAAUUAUCAUUAAUCUCCUACCUCAAAAUCCUCCUCCUCCUUCAAAUACCCCUGAACAACUUAAACCAGACGAAAAUUCUGAUCCAAAGAAACAAGAUAAAGACACUAAAAAUGAUAAACCAAAUGAUGAAACCCCUCCAGCUGAUAACGCACAACCGAUUAUUAUCAUGCCAAGUCCUCAAUAUUUCUUUAUACCAACUAAGUAA